UGAAAGUUUUCUCUCAGGUCAGGUUGAUGUUUUUUUUUUGUUUGGUGUUGGUUGUUCAUUAACACACACCUGACACACCUGACCACACGUUUCCUCUUCAGGUUUCUUUUCUAAACACGCGUCCACUGAACUUCCACUACAGUCAUGUAGGAUUCACAUUCAUCUGAUCUCAAAUCAUCAGUGGUAUUUUGGCUUGUUGAAGGAUUAAGAUGCAGAUUUAUGAACCUCUGCAAUGACGUGGUCAUUAAAUCCAGGAGAUUGUUUGUAAGGACGAUCGCUGUCGGUGGACGUGAUGUUGGGUUUCUUCAUCUGCUUCAGCUCUCUGCUCGGUGUCUCUGGCUUUGAUGUUUUAGCUUGCAGAAACUCUUCGGUGACGUUAAACGUGGUUCUUCUGGAGGAUGAAGGUUCACCUUGGAGUCUGAAGUUUGUUCAGGAUGUGGUGGAUAAAGCCGUUCGAGUGGAAAAUGAGAAGAACACGGCUGCAGGUUUAGAAUUCAAGAUGAAGGUUCUCUUCAGUGGUUUUAAUACGACUCAUUAUAGACGGCGUGGAUGUGGCAGCAGCACAUGUGAAGCUGUAGAGAUCCUUAAAUCACUUUAUAACAGCAGUGAGCUGGGUUGUGUUAUGCUCGGCCCGUCCUGUACAUAUGCAACUUUCCAGCUGGUGGAUCAAGAGGUGGGUCUGACUCUUACCGUCCCCAUCAUCUCUGCUGGGAGCUUUGGUUUGUCGUGUGAUUAUAAAGAGAAACUCACGCGUCUGCUGCCUCCGGCUCGAAAGAUCUCAGACUUCUUCGUUCACUUCUGGAACGCAUCCUUCACUAAUCUGAAACCUGAGUGGAAAACAGCGUACAUCUAUAAAAAACCAAAUAACACUGAGGAGUGCUUCUGGUAUAUCAAUGCUCUUGAAGCUCCAUCAGCUCUGUUCGCCUCUAAUAUAUCCAGAGAUAUGCUGAGGACUCCAGAUGAACUCAAAGAUGCACUGAAAAUAAAAGACCGACACAGUAACAUUUUUAUUCUGUGUGGGACACCAGACGAUGUUCUGGCUAUUAAGGAAAGCACUCAUGUUCCUCCAGAUGUGGUCUUCAUUCUCAUCGAUCUCUACAAUGAAGGAUAUCACACAAACAGCUCCAGUUAUGAACACAUGAGAGAUGUGUUGGUCAUCACUACACACAGCUUCAGGAAUUACUCCAGUGACAACUUCUGGAAACUAAACACAACGGCUUUGAAUGAUUAUGUGGUGGGUUAUCACGAUGCCGUGCUUCUCUUUGGUCAAGUGAUGAGAGAAAAUCUGCUGUCCAUUAAACAUCAUUCAUCCAGCAGCGUCAUAAAGAAUCCAUUCAGAAACACAGCGUUUGAUGGUGUAGGUGGACAUUAUGUAUUAGAUGCUAGUGGAGACAGAGAUCUCAAUCUGUCUGUUGUUUAUACAUCCGGCACAAACCACCAGUAUAAAACACUGUUUGUAUUCGACACAUCUAUUAACCAAACUAAGACGAAUCACAGUAAUCCAGACCUGCCGUGGGCCGGAUCUCGUCUGCCCAGUGAUAAACCUUCUCACGGUAUGCAGGCUCAGAACAUCAUCAUGAUAGUGCUCGGACUCAGUGUCGUCAUGGCGACCGGUAUCGCUUUCAUACUAUACAGACAGAACAGAAGAGUGAGAUACAAUCAGAAGAAAUGGUCUCAUAUCAAUCCAGCGCUCAUCACACCUUUAGAUGAUAAAGAGAGAAAUCAUAUCAGUCUCAGAAUUGAUGAAGAUAAGAAAGGAGACAACAGCAUCCAGAUACACAAGGGUCGUUAUGACAAAAAGCCGGUCAUACUGAAGGAACUGAAGAACACAGAUGGGAAUUUCUCUGAGGAUCAGCGGAUUGAACUCAAUGCUUUGUUGCGUAUAGAUUAUUAUAAUCUGACUAAAUUCUACGGGACGGUGAAGUUUGACUGCGGUGUGUUUGGAGUAUUUGAGUUUUGUGAGCGAGGAUCACUCAGGUUUGUGCUGAACGACAAAAUCUCAUAUCCAGACGAGAGCUUCAUGGAUCUGGAGUUUAAAAUCUCAGUCAUGUACGACAUCGCAAAGGGGAUGUCUUACCUUCACUCCAGUAACGUUGAAGUUCACGGCCGACUAAAAUCUACAAACUGUGUGGUGGACAAUCGCAUGGUGGUUAAAAUCACCGACUUUGGCUGUAAUACGAUCCUCACACCAGGGAAAGAUCUGUGGACGUCUCCUGAACACAUGCGGCUUCAGGGAAUCUCUCAGAAAGGUGAUGUUUAUAGUUUUGCCAUCAUCUCUCAAGAGAUCAUCCUCAGGAAAAGCACCUUUUACACCAGCUGUUGUUCAGAUACCGCAGAGAAGAUCUAUCGAGUACAGAACCCCAGAGGACCAAACGUCUUCAGACCCGAUCUCAGUUUUGAGUCUGUCGGAGAGACCGAAGCUGAGUUGUUUGUCCUGAUCAAGAGCUGUUGGGAAGAGGAUCCAGAGAAGAGACCGGACUUUAAGAGGAUUGAAGGAGCUCUGGGGAAGAUCUUCAGUAAUCUUCAUAACCAGGCCAAUGCCAGCUACAUGGAUAAUCUGAUCCGUCGACUGCAGAUGUAUUCCAGAAACCUGGAGCACCUGGUGGAGGAGCGAACGUCUCUGUAUAAAGCUGAGAGAGAUCGAGCGGAUCAACUCAACUGUAUGCUGCUGCCCGGGCCUGUAGUUCGGUCACUGAAGGAGACGGGUCGUGUUGAGCCUGAACUCUUUGAUGAAGUCACCAUCUACUUCAGUGAUAUCGUUGGCUUCACCACCCUCUGUCAUCACAGCACACCUAUGGAGGUGGUGGACAUGCUGAACGACAUCUACAAGAAAUUUGACAGCAUUCUGGAUCAUCAUGACGUCUACAAGGUGGAGACGAUCGGAGACGCUUACAUGGUUGCGUCUGGACUGCCGAAUCGUAACGGGAACAGACACGCUGUGGACGUUUGUCUCAUGGCUCUCGACAUUUUAGAGUUUAUGGGAACAUUUCAACUGAGACACCUGCCGGGAAUCCCACUGUGGAUCCGGAUCGGAAUCCAUUCGGGUCCUUGUGCUGCAGGUGUUGUGGGGAAUAAGAUGCCACGGUACUGUCUGUUUGGAGAUACAGUCAACACAGCAUCACGUAUGGAGUCUACAGGACUACCUCUAAGGAUUCAUGUGAGUCAGUCCACCAUUGAAAUCCUGCAGAGGACCGACUGUCAGUUUGAGUGUGAAAACAGAGGAGAAACUUACCUGAAGGGUAAAGGAAAGGAGAUGACCUAUUGGUUGACUGGAGUCACAGGACAGAAAUAUAAUCUGCCAACUCCACCUACAGCAGAGAAUUUCCAGCGUUUGCAGCAGGAUCUGGCUGAGCGGAUCAUUUCUACAUUGGCCACCCGUGGAAAUGAGCGAAGAAAAACUCUCUCCACACGACAGCGCAGAACACCAAGACACAGCGGUGACAACCAACCUGAAUACCUGCAUCUGACUGACCCCAAUAUACACCUGUAACACACACACACACACACACACACACACCUGUAACACAAACACCUGUACUACACACACAUACACCUGUAACACACACACACACACACACACACACGCACCUGUAACACAAACACCUGUACUACACACACAUACACCUGUAACACACACACACACACACACACACGCACGCACCUGUAACACACACACCUGUACUACACACACA